UGUGAAAUGUCCAAAGCUUUAGAUCACGUGAAGAGGCCCAUGAACGCCUUCAUGGUUUGGUCCAGAGGCCAGAGGCGGAAGAUGGCCCAGGAGAACCCAAAGAUGCACAACUCAGAAAUCAGCAGGCGGCUGGGCGCGGAGUGGAAGCUGCUGUCCGACCCUGAGAAGCGUCCGUACAUCGACGAGGCCAAAAGACUGCGCGCUCAGCACAUGUUGGAACACCCGGACUACAAGUACCGACCGCGGCGCAAAGCCAAGAACCUCCUGAAGCGGGACCGGUUCCUCUUCCCUUUGUACAGAGACGCAGCGGAACAGCUGAAAGGUUUCUCCGCCGACUCUUUUCUGGUCCACGGGGACAGAGCCAGAGCGCUCCUCGCUCCGGCCUCGUCGUCGUUCUCUAUGCUGGAGCCGGUGGCACCGUUCGGCACCGGAACUGUCCCUCGGAUGGCGGAGGUCCCGCACACGCUGGCCGUCGGUGCUUUGCACUACCACGCUUUUGGAUACCAGAGUGGAGGUGGGAUCGGGGGACUAGCCUGCCCCGGACAGCACGCCCACGCGCCCCACGCCAGUCCCGGGUGCGUGGUGCCGUGCGCGUGCAGCGCCUGGUCCGCGGUCAGCCAGCCUCAGCUGGCUUACAUCGUCUUUCCCGGAGGCAUCGGCAAAGCCGGCUUGGAUUCCGGCGUGUGA